UCUCCACAGGGAAGCUCGUAUAAGUUUAGUUGGGAACAAUGUUGAUAGUGAUAAUAGUGUUCGUGUUGAGUGUUUGUUAUUAUGCGUAUUUCAGGAGUACGCGGAGGCAUUUCUACGAGUUGUCUCGGAAACUGCCUUCUGUUGGGGAACUUCCGGUGCUUGGUCAUACGCACUGGUUUAUAGGCGGGCCGGAAAGAAUAUUAAAUAAUAUACAAACACUGACCAGUAACAUAGAAGCCUCCGGCGGGUUAGGUCAUGUCUGGAUUGGGCCUUCUAUCUACGCCGUAAUCCUGAAUCCAGAGGAUAUACAAACAGUACUGGAGAAGUGUUUGCAAAAGGAUGCAUCUUACAAGUUCCUUCGAACAUGGCUCGGAAAUGGACUCUUUGUGGCUCCAGUGGAUCUCUGGAAAGUACACAGACGUCUCCUUCUGCCCAUGUUCCACAACCGAGUGGUGGAGAGCUUCACCGAAGUGUUCGGGAAACACAGUGAGGUAUUGGUGCAGACACUGCAGGAGAACGUGGAUGGGCCCGAGUUUGACGUGUUCAAAUACGUCACACGAUGUUCAUUGGACAUUGUGUUUGAAACCGCAAUGGGGGAGCGAAUGGACCUUCAACACAAGCCAGAGAACGGGUACGUGAGCGCGCGCAACACGGUAAUGUCCAUCAUCAACAUGCGCUUGUUCAAGGCGUGGCUGCAACUCGACGCCAUCUUUAAUCUCACGCCGUACGCCAGUGUGCAGAAGAAAAAUAUUGAGGAGACCCACCAGUUUACUGAUCAAGUUAUAAGAAAGAAAAAGCUAUUGAAGGAAAACUCUAGUGUUAGCCCUGAAGGAAUUGAAGAAGAUGGAAGGCGCGACAUGUUAGACAUGCUGUUAAGCCGAGAUUCUCCAUUCACCGACGAGCAGCUUCGAGAGCAUAUCGACUCCAUUACCAUAGCUGGGAACGACACCACCUCGCUGGUAGUGGCAUAUGCGCUCGUCCUGCUCGGCAGCCAUAAGGAAGAGCAGGAUAAAGUAUAUAAAGAAUUAAAACAAAUAUUUGGCGACUCCAAAAGAAUCCCUAGUAAAGAAGAUUUAAACAAAAUGGAAUACCUAGAACGGGUCAUAAAGGAGACAAUGCGGUUGUACACAGUGGUCCCGGUAAUAGCAAGAGAAACACAGUCUGAAUUAAAACUAUCGACUUGCACACUACCCGCCGGGGUGGGUUGCGCCAUAGUGCCGUUCGUGCUUCACCGCUCCAAGAGGCUCUGGGGCCCGGACGCCGAUGACUUUCGACCCGACCGCUUCCUGCCGGAGAACUCAGUCGACCGCCACCCUUGCGCCUUCAUUCCUUUCAGCUUUGGCAGCAGAAAUUGCAUCGGUCGCUAUUUUGGAAUGCUUGCCAUGAAGAGUUUGCUUGCAGGCAUCCUUCGAACAUAUGAAGUUUCAGCUAAACCAUGCGGUGCUUUGAAAAUAGAGAUCUUGCUCAUUCCGGUAGCUGGACAUAUGGUAAAUUUAAGGAAGCGGUGAUAAUAUAUAAAAUACGAAA